UGAGAUAAAGCGACUAUGCAGUAUUCAAGAUAUGGGAUAGUCUCUCAUUUUCUAUCUCAAGUUACAAAGAAGAAAAUACAUUUGUUUGCUUUAUUUAGUGCCUAUGACUAUGUGAUUCCUGCAAUGGAAAAGGCCAUAGUGAAAACUGAUAUUCAGAUCUCCCUCCCUUCUGGAUGUUAUGGCAGAAUAGCCCCACGUUCUGGAUUAGCUGCAAAACACUUCAUAGAUGUUGGUGCUGGAGUCAUUGAUGAGGAUUACAGAGGAAAUGUUGGUGUUGUACUUUUUAAUUUCGGCAAACAAGAUUUUGAAGUUAAAAAGGGGGACAGAAUUGCCCAGCUAAUCUGUGAACGCAUCUUCUAUCCUGAGCUGGAAGAAGUUCAAGCUCUAGAUGAUACUGUACGUGGCACUGGCGGCUUCGGUUCCACUGGUCAGAAUUGAAGAGAGAUGUUAGAUGUAAUUAAUUGUUGUAUUUGGAUUUUGAUUAAAGGUUUUUUUUGUAAAA